AUGUGGGUUAGGCAUGAAUCUUUUAUAAAGGAGGUGGAGAAAGAUUGGAAAGUACCUACGGGUGCAAGGGGAAUGGUGAAUCUACAAAUCAAACUGAGCAGACUUAAGAAAUGCCUGAAAAUAUGGAACAAAAAUGUGUUUGGCAAUAUUUUUGUGAAGAUAAAGCAAGCAGAAGUAGAAGCAAAGGAAGCGGCUAUGAUUUUCGAAAGAAAUCAGACUCCAGCAAAUAGAGCAGAGAUGAACAAGAAGGCAGCUGAAUAUGCUCUAAGAAUAAAGAUGGAGGAUGAUUUCUGGAAACAAAAGGCAACAAUAAGAGCCAAAUCAAGAAUACAUGCCAUAGAGGAGGAUGGGCAAACCUUGUCAGAAGAUGAAGAUGUAUGGAAUUCCGCUGUUAACUUCUUCCAGAAACUGUUAACUUCUGAUGUUGAUGUUCUACAUGAAGCGGACCUGGAUAUUUUGGAUUCCCUCUCUAGUGGUUUUAACAUGGACGAUUUAGAGAGAAUGCCUUUGGAGAAGGAGGUUAGGGAGGUGGUCUUUAGUAUCAAUCCGGAGAGUGUGUCAGGACCAGACGGGUACUCCUCUCUGUUCUUCCAAAGUUGUUGGAAGGUGGUGUGCAUGGAUGUCUUGGAGGCAGUGCAGGAUUUCUUCGAGGGCUCACAGAUGCCAAGGGGAAUUGCAGCAACAAUGAUCAUCUUGAUCCCUAAGAAAAGAAAUCCUACAAUAUGGGCAGAAUAUAGGCCUAUAAGCCUGUGCAACGUAUCGAACAAGAUCAUUUCCAAGCUUAUUGCAACAAGAAUGGCUCCGCUGUUACCAAUAGUAACUGCUCCUAAUCAAAGUGGAUUUGUUAAGGGGCGAUUACUAAGUGAUAAUGUGCUUUUGGCAAAAGAAAUAUUUCAUGAGAUUUGGAAAUGUAACCCCUCUCCUAAUCUAGCUGUUAAGCUAGAUAUGGCGAAAGCAUACGACUGGGUCCAGUGGCCUUUCCUUCUUAAAGUAAUGGAAAAAAUGGGUUUUUCGAAGAUGUGGCUGAAUAUGAUUGAGAGAUGUGUCAACUCAUAUUGGUUCUCGAUCCUCAUCAACGGAUCACCAUCUGGUUUCUUUAAAUCUUCAAGAGGACUACGACAAGGGGAUCCGCUUUCACCCUCCUUGUUUAUUCUUGCAGCUGACUAUCUGUCCCGGCUUUUGGAUCGCCUCAUUCUUGGAAGAAAGGAGAUGAGGUUCUGCACUGCCAGAUAUUCAAUGGGAGUGUCCCACCUUGCGUAUGCAGAUGAUAUUUUGAUUUUUACACAAGCAAGAAGGACAUCCGUUAGGAAACUCAAGAACUGCCUCAAGCAUUACAUGGAGGUUUCAGGUCAACUAAUAAAUGAGGGGAAGAGUUGUUUCUAUAUAGACAAGAAGUAUGAUGGAUGGGCAGCAGGUGUUAAAUCGGUUGGAGGCUUUCAACAAGGUCAAAUGCCAUGUACGUACCUGGGAGUCCCUAUCUUCCGAGGUCGAAACAAAACAAACUUAUACUUAUUCAUCAGGGAUAAAAUCUCUGAAAAGAUCAAUAGCUGGAGCCAUAGACAGCUAUCCUUUAGGGGGAGAUUAACACUGAUAAAGAGCAUUCUUGGGGCAAUUCCCAUACAUAUUUUUCAGAAAAUACUGGACAAGAUCAGCAUCGACCCUCAUCUAUCGAUCACCCUCAUCUAUCGAUCUGGUAGGUUCAGCCCAACCUGGAGGAGGAUGUAUAAAGCAGGGCUGAAAUGUCAUAAGAAAAUUAGCUGGUUGUUGGGAACGGGGAGGUUAAAUUUUUGGGAAGAUAUAUGGGUUAAAGACCAACCGCUGGUGGAUCUCUGUUUGAAGGAGGGUACUCCAGAAUUUAUCUGGGUGGAGGAUCUCUGGAUGAACAUAUGUUGGAAUGAGGACUUUGUUACCGACCUUUUACAGGAGUGGGGAGUUCCUGGGGAGGUUUGGGAAGACAUCAGAUCCGUGCCUAGAGAUACUAGCGGAAAGGACAUAGCUCGAUGGAACCUGACACCGCAUGGUAAUUUUACAGUUGCUUCGGCUUGGGAGGAAGUUCGUUUGAGAGGUGAAGAAAUGGAUAUUUACAAAAUCAUAUGGGACAAAGGGAUCAAUCCUACGAUUUCUGUGUUCCUAUGGAGACUUAUGGCUAAUCGGAUCCCUAUGGACGAGAAAGUGCAAUGGAGAGGAGUGGCUUUGGCAUCUAAGUGUCGUUGUUGUGGAAAACCAGACACUGAAUCAAGGCUGCAUUUGUUUGUGAAUGGAGAAGCAGCAAGGGAAAUUUGGAGUCACUUUGCGAAAUGGUUCCCUCAAGUACCACCUUAUGGAGGAAUAGGACACAAUCUGGAAACAGAGAGGAAUGGUUGUGUGCAUAGGGAGCUGACCUUCAGGGUAGAGAAUGUAUGUCGUAGGGUCACGGCUCAUUUGAGGAACUUGGUGCUAGCAGGACAUCUUGGCCCGGAACAGUGGAAGGGGUGUGUGACGAGAGUUAAUUUUAUGGAUGUUCAAAUGAUGGAGGAUGUCGGAACAUGCCGUCCAAAAAUCAAGAGAGUAGAGAAAGUGCAAUGGAGGUCGCCGGAACAGCCAUGGAUGAAACUAAUUACGGAUGGAGGUCUAGAGGGAUCUACGAGCAGGGCAGGAGGGGAAGGGCUACUUCGCGACUACCUCGGGAAUAUAGUUGAGGCUUUCUGCACCCCCUUGAAAGUUGACUCAGGAUGGGAGGCGGAGGUGAUGGCGCUACUGGAAGGAAUCUUGAUGGCAAAGCGUCAUACUCAGCAUAUCUGGAUCGAAACAGAUGCUGAAAGUUUGAGGUUGUAUAUGGAGAGAGGCUGUUUAGGUCCGGCAAGAACGAGACAUAUAAUGGCAAAAAUUAGGCUGGUCCUUAAAGAUACUAUUUGGAAUAUAACACACAUAAGGAGAGAGGGGAACAAGGCAGCGGAUCACUUGGUUUUGAUGGGGAAGAAUGGCCCUAGUUUAACUAAGUUUACGGCGGAGUCGGCCCCGGCAAGAGUGAAAGCCUUAGCGCGUUUAGACCAGAUUGGCAUGCCUAAUUUUAGUUUUACUUAA